GCCCAAGCUGCACCUGAAUCUUCAUGGGAGGGCUGGGGUGGGUCAAUUUACAACAACCGUUGGGCGUCAACGAACCACGCGAUAUCUUCCUCAAACAUCAAGUCUCUCACAGAGCACUGCAAAAUCACUUACGUCAAUGGCACUAGUGCUACCCCAACAAUAUCACAGGGUAUCGCCUAUUAUCCGACCUGGAACGGAUCAUUUGUCGCACUAGACUACAAGGACUGCAACGUCAAGUGGCAGAUCAAUGUCACUGCGGUCAUCGAGGACUACGCCCCAAUAUCCGCAGAGCAGAGAGCUAUCCUUCGUGCGGUAUCCAGGACAAGCCCACAAAUUGAUGGCGACGUACUGUACUUUGGGAGUCAAACACACUCACUCAUAGUCGCCGUCGACCUGCUGACCGGCAAGACGCUCGGGGUUACCCAGAUUAACCCCCAUCCUAUGGCAAUAGUUACCCUCAGUCCUACAUUCUAUAAAGGUCUCAUUUUCGCUGGCGCUUCCAGCUCUGAAGAGACGGCCGCCGCUUUCAUUCCAGGAUACAACUGUUGUUCGUUUGUCGGUAAUGUGGUAGCACUCAGAUUCGACCACACAGGCAACUUCGCAACUGUCUGGAACCUGACCACUCUACCCCCCGGAUCUGGAGAAGGCAAUGGGACUUGGUCCGGUGCAGCAGUCUGGGGAAGUCAGCCAUCCAUUGAUACCAGCCGGCACCAGGUUUUUUUUGCCACUGGCAACGUUUACAGUACCCCGGAAGAGUUCCUGAAGUGCGACGCCGUCAAUGAGAAUGCCAUGUCGGGCAAUGCCUCCUGUGUUCUUCCUCCGGAUGUCUGGCAGGAGUCUAUGCUUGCACUCGAUAUCUAUUCCGGACAGCCAAAAUGGGUUCGCCAGCUCUCGCCCUUGGAUGCCUGGACGGUAGCGUGCGGUGUACCGGGUUUUUACCCUAAUAACCAAGCUCUCUGCCCGCCACAUCCAGGACCUGAUGCGGACUUCGGUAUGGCUCCGGCAUUUGUAUCGGGAAGCAGAGGCGCCCUUACACCGUCGGACGACGACGUGGUAACUCUUGGGCAGAAGAACGGUAACCUUUAUGCCCUAGCUGCCGACAAUGGCAGUGUCAUGUGGUCCACCGUCACGAGCCCCGGCGGUUUUGCCGGAGGCCUA